AUGACUGAAAAACUGUCGUACAAUCAUAACCUAGGAUUAGAUGUGGUUUCUGAACCUAGUAUCGCGUCUCAGCAAGAAUGGAUUUUUAUUGAUGAAUCAGACAUCGUUACCUCACCAGCACAAUCUCUCCGUCCACUCAUUCCAGACCAAAAUUUACAUAUCAAUGUUCCUUUCCCUCCAGAAAUAAAUCCUGUGGAUCUUAUACGCAGAAAUAAGAAUGGUGAGUUGUUAUCGAGGGCAACCAACAAGUUCUUGAUCUAUCGUAAUGAAUAUGCUAAGGAGCUUCAAGCACGUGGCUUCAAGCUCUCCAUGAGAGAGGUAUCACGUAUGGCUGCUCAAUCUUGGAAAAAAGAACCACAGCAUGUUAAACGUAAAUAUGAAGACAUUGCAAGGGAAGUGGAAAAACUUCAUGUGCAAUUAUCUAUGUCUUCUUCUCCUGGUUGGGAUAGAAGAAGAGGUUGCUUUACUCAAAAUCCAAAUGAGUUACAACCUAAUCAUAAAUAUCAACGUGAUCAUUGCACUAUUUUACCUUCCGUAACAGUACCUUCUUCAUAUUUACCAUAUCAUUAUAUUCCAACUACAACAAUCCCUAUGCCAACUGUACCAUCACAAAACACAUAUACAUCAAUACCUGUGGAUUGUAGACAAUCCUACUAUAUUUUAGAUCAAACUUGUGGAAAUCCUCAAAUGGACUUUAUUCCAUAUAGUGAUUUAUCAACUCCGGAACUUGAUAUUAAUUUCAAUAAUUCUCUCGAGAGUUCUCCUGAAUCUUUUAACUGUGAAUUACCAGUUCAAGGAGUAAUAUUGGAUCAAUACGAUUAUAUUCAACCUUAA